UCCUCCUCCGUGUUGUUGUGGAGCUCUGAGGACCCGAGCCCAGAGGACCCGGAGGACCCGGUACUAACGGGUGGACCCGGUACCAACGCGAGGACCCGGUACUAACGGGAGGACUCGGUACCAACGGGGCUGACCCGCUCUGAGGCCGUAGGACCCGGAGGACCCGGUACCAACAGUCUAACGUGGACUUGAUAUCUGCUGACCCGGUACGAACGGCUACUAACGGGUCGGUCUAACCGGGACUCGAUACCGCUGACCCGAUCUGACGCGGAGGACCCACUACUAACCGCCAACGUGGACUCGAUAUCCGCUUCUGAUCAGACAGCUGUCCCAUGGCGGGCUACGACGAGGACCUCCUGAGGAACCCCUUCUACCGGGAGCUGGAGCGGAGCCGGCCGGACCUCUGCAGCCGCGUCGCCCAGGUCAACGGGGUGGUUCUGGUUCCGUGUUCCGGCAGCGUGUCGCUCAGCACGGACGCGGCCCCACGGUUUGAUCGCUACGUUCUACUUCCUGUGGAGGAUGGCUUCAAGACCGCCGAUGGAAGCGACGUGUGUAUCCGUGACCAGCGUGUUGUCUUGGGGAUCGAACCCGCUGUGUCGGUGGCCAUCUUGUUUGAGGAGACGUUCUACAACGACCGCGAGCAGAGCUUCAGCCUGCUGUGUCUGGCCGGACCGCUGGACCCCCAGCAAGACCCGGACCCGGGGCGGGACCCAGGGCCGGACCGGACCCCCUACACCCUCCGGACCCUCGAGGACGCCCGUAACUUCCUGGGACCCCCAACCCUCAAACUAGACCGCCUCAUCGCAGCCUUCAGUCUGGGCUUCAAGGACCAGGAGGGGAGGGGUCUACAGCACCACCUGGAUGCAGUGAACGCUCUUUCCAACAAAUGUCUCCAGUGUCUGUUGAGGGACCCUCGCCUGAAGCUCCUGUCCCGGCAGGAGGCCCAGAUGAGGCUCAUCAAGCAGGCGCUGGAGAUCCACCUCCAUCAUGGUAUCCAUGAGCUGCUCUUUAAGUUCAUGGGGAGUCUUGAGGCCAGCCAGGAUGCAACGUUCAACAAGACCACCAGGGCCCUACAGGACCUUCAGCCGGCCGACGUGGGGAUGAAAACUGAGCUCAGCACCGACCUGAGUCGAGCCAAGAGACAGCUGAGCCAGCUGAACUUGUCCACCUCGCCCCUUCUCAAACUGCUCUGUCUUCAAGGAGUCAUCAUGACCGUGCUGCACACCCCCAACCACACAGUCAACAUGGAGGCGGUAGACACUGACCAGCUGCUCUCGACCAUCCUCUUCCUCCUCCUCAAGACAGACAUCCCUAACUGGGUGUCUAACCUGAGCUACAUCAAGAGCUUCAGUGUGUGUGUGUGUGGGGGGGAGGAGCUCAGCUUUUGCCUCAGCACCUUCAUGGCGGCCGUGGAGUUCAUCAGCCUGGGGAGACUCAACCACGCAGCGCGGGUUCCUGGGCAGCCAGACUGCGUCCUGUUCAGCACCCAGACCCCCGUGGACCGCCUGCUGCAGCACAUCGCGCGGGGUGAGGAAGAGGAUGUGCGGAGGAUUCUCCGUAGUGAUGAAGAUCUGAGGACGUGUCAUCCUCUCUGCUCCUGUCACCUCUGUGACCUCCAGCUGCCCGGGCGUUUGAGCGACCCGUCUGUAGUGACCUCUCGCUCCAGGGGCGAGCAAGGCCACACCCCCCUCCACAUGGCCGCCCUGUGUGGUCAAGCAAAGCUGAUCGACUUCCUGGUCCUCUGUGGGUCAGAGGUCAACGCCACGGAGCUCCAUGGCCACACCCCCCUCCACCUGGCCUGCCGCCGGGGUCAUCAGGGGGUCACGCUCCUCCUCCUCCACUACAAGGCCAACACUGAGGCGCAGGACGACUGUGGGAACACCCCUCUGCACCUGGCGUGCACGCACGGCCACGAGGACUGUGUGAAGGCGCUGGUGUACUUCGAGGUGCGGGCAGUCCGCCUGGACGUGGCCAACGGCCGCGGCGACACGGCGCUGCACCUGGCCGCCCGCUGGGGCUACCAGGGCGUGGUCGGGGUGCUGAUGGAGAACGGGGCGCGGCCCAGCCGGCUCAACCACAGGAGGGAGACCGCCCUCAGCCUCGCCCUCAACACCAAGGUUGUAGCUCUGCUGGAGUCGCCCCAAACACUGUCUGGACUGCGGGGGCGAAAUUCCCCAGGCAGCUGGACUCGUACUCCAGACAGCAGCGGUAGCCGUAGUGCUAGCGGUAGCCGUAGUGCUAGCGGUAGCGUCCUCUCUCUAACCUCUGACCCCAGACCAGACCCUCACCCUGUCCGUCACCGAGAGGUGGAGAAGCUGUUGCGUGCUGUGGCUGAUGGUGAUCUGGAGAUGGUGCGCUACCUGUUGGAGUGGGAGGAGGAAGAUCAAGGGCGGGGCCAGCCCCCUCCAAGCCCCCCCCUCUGCCACCCGUUGUGCCAAUGUCCAGCCUGCACCCCCAACACACACAAGGCUCCCAGCAUGCAGUGCGGCGGUGUGUGGGUGAACAGCGCCAACGCCGACGGCUUCUCCCCGCUCCAUGUGGCCUCUCUGCACGGCCACGCCACCCUGGUCCGCCUCCUGGCCCGCCACGGGGCGGAGCUUAAUGCACGCACCACCCAGCUGGCCACGCCCCUUCACCUGGCCUGCCAGAACCAACACACACAGGUUGUGCGUCUGUUGCUAGAGGGCGGGGCUAAGCUGAAUAAGAAAGAUCACUAUGGCAACACUCCUCUGAUCAACACCUGCAUGAGAGGACACCUGGACAUCGCCCAGAUCCUGCUCGAGAGCGGGGCGUGGGUGAAUGUGGAGAACGCUCAGGGCAGUUCAGCGCUGCAUGAGGCAGUGCGCGGAGGUCACCUGGGAUUGGUGGAGCUGCUGCUGGGGGGCGGGGCCUCAGCCCACCUGAGGAACCGCCAGCACAAGACCCCGCUAGACUCCGCCCUCCAGCUGGGAGGCAAGAACACUGAGAUCGUUCGCGUUCUGCAGAAAGCGUCCGGACUCUCGGCAGAUGAAGAGCCAAUCAAACUUCUCUCUGUUCCCAGAGGCAUUCUGGCUCACUCCUUUGUCCAACGGCUGAAACAAGAUGGCCGACGGCGCCAACAGGAAGUCUGCAGGGUGGAGGCGGUAAGAAGAGAUUCUCUGGGCCGCAGCAAGGGCCCUCAGGGGGGCCCUCAGGGGGGCCGCCGGCUGACCAGGAGGGAGACGGUGGGGGGCGGGGUUCCGCUCGGACCCUCAGAGUCCAGGGCGAGAACACGGCCCCUGGGUCGCUCCGUGACCCUGGACCCCCCCGGGCCGCAAGGGCCGGACCCCCAGGACCCGCCCGGGACCCAGGCAGACCCCAUACCUCCACCCCUGAGGGGAGAUGAGAGACGUGGCCCCGUGGACCCCCCCGCCCCCCUCCAGCCCCCCUCCUCAGACUCUCACACCCAACCGCCCCGUCUCCGGUUCUACGUCACCCCCAAGCGUGAGCCAUGA